GGUGCCGUGAGAAGGUGGUCCUCCCUGUGUUGGAAAAACACCGACCAGAAACGGAGAGAGACUAAUUAAUUUUGGGAAGUUUCUCAACGCUUUCAAACGCGUAGUAAACAAACCGCCUAAAAGCUGUGAUAGGUUGAUAAGUUGCCAUCGAAGUCGGUGGCGGGUUCGCGGUGUUUGUGUCUGGGGCUGAAGUUGGGAAAGAGUGGGAUGAAAAUGGAGAGCCCAGCUGAGUGAGAGUGAGGCAGAGUGGGGUGAGGAGGCUGGAUUUGGCAGGAGCUGCUGCUAACAGGCUAAUUAGCAUGGUCACACACUUCUCCGCUUCACUCUGCCACAGCAAUAAUUCUUCAUGGGGGAGCUGUUUAAUCGGUGCCAAGACUGCUGCUGACUCUGAAGCUUUUCCUAAUGCCUCAGAGGACAACUGAUGACUGGAUUUUCCCUGGAAGUUCUGCAUGAGUCCUGAGGGUAACGUUUUUAGAGAGGCUUGCUGUCCCAGGCAACUGAUCUGCCAGCUGAUCUGGACUUGGAUGGGAGUGAUCAGCCUCAUAUCUGAACGUCGGUCUGAGCGUAGGUACAGCCUGGAUGUUGGAUGUUGUCAGUCCGUUGAAUCAGCUGUUGCGGUGAUGAGGCAGGACUCCUGGUGGCCUGUGUGGCUGGCUGGGCAGCGGGCCGAGGUGAUGUGAUGGGGUGCCGGAACAGCAAGGUCCUCCCUGAGCCUCCAGGGGACGUUCAGUUGGACCUGGUCAAAAAGGUUGAUCCUCAGACGGAUAUCUAUAAGCACUUCAUUCGAGGAGAUGGCACUGGAAGUAAGGCAGUUGAGGCCGGUGGGGUGGCAGCAGAAAAGCCAAACCUCACCUGUGCUUAUCAAGGUCAAGCACAAGCUGCCUCUCCCACUUCCGCUUUGGCUCAGACCGCUAAAGACCCCUCCAAACUGUCAGACCCUCAGCAGAAAAAGGUGGCAAAGUACCGAGCCAAGUUCGACCCCCGAGUCACAGCUAAGUACGAGAUAAAAGCCCUCAUAGGUCGCGGGAGUUUCAGCCGAGUUGUUCGCGUGGAGCACAAGAGCACGCGGCAGCCUUACGCCAUCAAGAUGAUUGAGACACGUUACCGGGAGGGGAGGGAGGUGUGUGAGUCGGAACUGUGUGUUCUUCGUCGAGUUCGUCACACCAACAUCAUUCAGCUGAUGGAGGUGUUUGAGACGGCGGAGCGGGUCUACAUGGUCAUGGAACUGGCCACGGGAGGAGAGCUCUUUGACCGGAUCAUCGCUCGUGGCUCCUUCACAGAGCGAGAUGCCACACGGGUGUUGCAGAUGGUGCUAGAUGGUGUCAAGUAUCUCCAUGCUCUGGGGAUAACCCAUCGCGAUCUGAAGCCGGAGAACCUGCUGUACUACCACCCUGGAGCUGAUUCCAAGAUCAUCAUCACUGACUUUGGUUUGGCCAGCAGCAGGAAGAAGGGAGACGAGUGUCUGAUGAAGACGACUUGUGGCACACCAGAGUACAUCGCCCCAGAGAUCCUAGUGAGGAAGCCGUACACAAACGCUGUGGACAUGUGGGCGCUGGGGGUGAUAUCGUACAUCCUGCUGAGUGGAACCAUGCCGUUUGAGGACGACAACCGCAUGAGGCUCUACCGGCAGAUCCUGAAGGGGAAGUAUAGCUUCUCUGGAGAGCCGUGGCCCAGCGUGUCCAACCUGGCCAAAGACUUUGUCGAGCGUAUUCUGACGGUGGACCCCAGCGAGCGGCUGACGGCGGGCCAGGCUCUCAAGCACCCCUGGAUCAUCAGCAUGGCAGCCUCCUCCUCCAUGAAGAACCUGCAGCGCUGCAUAUCUCAGAACCUCCUGAAGCGGGCCUCCUCGCGCUGCCACAGCACCAAGUCGGCCCAGUCCACACGCUCCAGCCGCUCCACCAAGUCCAACAAAGCUCGAAGGGUACGAGAGAAGGAGCUGCGUGAGCUGAACCGCCGCUAUCAGCAGCAGUAUAACGGGUGAAGGAUCUCAGAAACGUUUGGUCACUAAAAAUGACUUGGACAAAAUUCCCAGUCAUAGACACUGCCGGUGCGGAAAGCCAAAAAUGCCUGAAGGGUGUUGCUUUAACACAAAUAUUCCUAACAAUUUAAAGCGCUGAAACCAGAAGUGAAGACUAAAUCAAAAAAACUCUUGAUGAAGACACAGGUUGGAUCAUUUGGUUGUUUCUCCUCCAUCGAUUACCUGCAUCACUAUUUAUUUAUUAUUGUGAUUAGAAAUCUCCAUUCAAACGGUCACUGGGUAAUGACCUUCCAAAUGGACCUGUUGAACAGAGUUCUGGACACUGAUGUUUCUAAGAAGCAAUGUGUUCUUUAAAGUAGGGAGAAACAUUCUCCCUUUCUGUUUCUGAUCAAAAGUGCUGUGAAUUUUUGAACUCUUUGUACAGACCUCGUGAUGUUGUUGGUUAUCAGAUUAUAGUAAAACAUAAUCACCAUCUGAAGGAUAACAUGAAGGCAUAUUUUUAGUUGGUUAGAAGUUUAAUCUGUUUUCUUCUGAACUGGUUCCUGAAUUGUCAGAAGAAAUUGUGAAUCUGUUACCAAUAAAGUUUAGGUGUAUUAAACGCUAAAAUUGUCCCAA